AUGGCUGAUCUGUACAGUUGCCUCCCGUGUGAGAAGAACGAAUGGUCUGACGCAGGGAGCACUUCAUGUACAGAGCGUUCUGUGGACUAUGUUCACAUCACGGAGCCUCUGUCAGUCCUGCUCAUGCUCUCUGUCAGCUUCAUGCUCUUUCUUGCAGCAGCCAUCGCCAUCCUCUUCGCCCGUAACUACAGCACCCCAGUUGUGAGGUCUGCGGGGGGUAAAAUGUGUUUCCUCAUGCUGGGCUGUUUGAGCGGUUCAGGUUUCAGUGUGUUCUUCUAUUUUGGCAUCCCAAAUCCAAUCCAAUGUGUGUUGAGAAGCUCAUUUUUCCCUCUGUUUUACACUGUCUGUCUGUCUUGCCUCACUGUCCGAUCCUUCCAGAUAGUCUGCAUCUUCAAAAUGGCUGCCAAGCUACCCAAAGCGUACGAUUGGUGGGUCAAGUACAAUGGACAGUGGCUAUUCAUAGCAGUGGCCUCUAAUGUCCAGUUAAUUCUUUGUGCAGUCAGUGCUCCUAGACCCUUCAAUGACACAGUGACCUUCAAAGACCAAAUAAUUAUGAACUGUGACACAGCAGGUUUCCUCCCAAUUAGUGCCACUGUGUUGUUUGCUGGCUUUCUUGGUGUUUUGUGCUUUAUCUUCUCAUACAUGGGAACUGACCUCCCCAAAAACUACAAUGAAGCCAAAUCUAUUACAUUUAGUGUGCUGCUGUUUUUUUUUUCCUGGAUUACUUAUUUCACUUUAUACUUAAUUCAGGCAAGCCGAAACCUGCCCAUAAUUAGGGCCUUCUCAAUGCUGACCAGCUCAUACGGAAUUCUCUUGAGUUAUUUUGUCCCAAAGUCGUAUGUCAUUCUUUUCAAGCCUGAGAAAAACACACAAGCACACUUUCAGUCUUGUAUUCAGGAUUAUACCCAAAAGAUCAGUAGGAUGUAGAGGGCUCUUGCUGGCAUAAUGUAACACAUUGCAUAACGAACACUGAUUAUAUUUAAACAAGGAUAGAUGUCGCUGUUAUUUAGUUUGUGACUGCAUGUGUCAUUUUAGAUGAGCCUAUUUUAUUUACUGCAUGCAAAUUAAAACAUGUUAUCAGAUGCAAUUUUUGCUGACGUCAGUAACAAUAUAAUUGUUUUCUUUAUGAGUAAUUCACAAUACCCUGCGAUGGUCCAGGGUGUAUUUCUGCCUUUCACCUAAUGCAUGCUGGCAUGGGCUCCAGUACCUCCCAUGACCUGGACUAGGAACAUGUGGGUCAAGAUGGAUGGAUCUAUUUCCAAAGAAUAUUUUCAUCCCCCUCUCCAUCAUCAUGAACACAUCUGGUGCCCUCAAAGAUCCACCAGAGGGCGCCCACUACCAAAUCCUAAUGUUUCUGUCUUGUUGUUUCCCUGUAAUUAGUUCUCAUUAGUGUAUUAGUGGUUUUGGUUUCUGUAGAUGUGUCUUGUUAGCGUAGUUUGAUACACCUGUUAGUUAUGGUAUUUAAACCAUUCGUGUCCCUUUCCUUGGUGUUUGGUCUUUGGGUCUUGCCUAGCGUCUUUGUGGUUGCUUGCCUGUAAAACAUGGUGCGUUCUAUGUUGGGCUGAUAGAAUUCUCUUGCUGUCACCUGGUUGUUUUAUUUUUCUGAGUCUUACAGUGAAGGCUCUGACUUUUAAUUCUCCGGGUUUUUGAGCUUUAGUCUGCAUUUGGGUUCCACGUUCUGUUUCCUUGUGAUAACAUCAUCAAAAGAAACUUCAUGGUGCCUUUGAACAUUUGUUUUAGUUUUUAAAAUGUGUACUAUAUACUAUUAUAUUUUUUCUUCAGUAACAUGUAGGGCAGGAAUGAUUCACCACAUUAGUCAGAUAUAAAAUCUUGAAACAUUCUUCAUUUUAGCUUUAAUUCAAUUAUACUUAAUGUCUUUAAAGUACAGGUAAAGUUUUAAUAUGCAGAAUUCAUAAUGUCCUCUAAAACCACUAAUGUAAUGCUACCUUUUAAAAAUGUUUCUCAAUUGACAAAUUGUAUAUUU